AGUCCCUCGGUCAGGAUGGACUCGUCCGUCGACGGCGUGAAUAAGCUUCGACUGUUUCAUUUUGUGUACCAUUUUAUACCAAACUCUUUUUGAACACUUCAUGGGCUUAGAAGCUUUUGGUUCUGCUACUUUUUACUGCUUACCUUCAUGAUUCAGAGCAUUUGUUUCGAGAACAACAAUAGCGGGGCUUGAGCUCUUGAAGGAUUCCAGCUUCCACGAUGCGCUGGACGACGUUUAUUCUUGCUGCUUCUGCAGCUUUGCACGGAGCUGAAGCUUCGACUUUGACACCUCCUGUUAUACCUCUUAUUGUACGGAACCCAUAUCUGAGUACCUGGCUGGGCAAUGCGAGGAACGACCCCUGGGAAAAGUGGCCGAUAUUCUGGACUGGGCAGGAGGUGGGACUGUCUAUCCUUGCUGCAGUUCCAAGUUCGGACACAGUAUUUCCACUGCUCGGCAGACCUCAGGAUUCAUUGCCAAAGUCCGGAGAGAGCUUCAAUGUUUCUUACCCCACUUACUUGGGAGCUACUUUCGAUGCUUCAACAACCAACCUGACCUAUGAAAUUCCAUCAGGAAACUAUGCUCAUGAUCCUGUCGAGCUCAUCCUCUCCUUCCUCUCCCCGAUUACUCCGACCUCGACUCUUCGACAAGCCAUCCCAGCUUCAUAUUUAACUGUAUAUGUUGCUGGGAGCUUCGAUGUUGAUAUCUACAUUGACAUGAACGGAUUAUGGGUCAGUGCCAACAGAGGGAAUGAGAUAGUUUGGGAGCUCAGCCAGGGUCCGAGUCCCGCAGCAAACAAGAAAGCUCCCUUGAAGACUUGGAAAGUCAAGAGGAGAGUAGAGCAGCUCCUGACCGAAGACGCCGAUCGAGGAGAAUGGGGAACACUCUACUUUACCGCUCCAGGAGAUGUCCGCCAUGAAGCUGGUACUUCUGCACUUCUUCGACAAAGAUUCUCUCGAACUGGAACAUUGCAGAAUGUUGUCGAUGGCAACUUCCGUUCAAUUAUGGACGAGGAGCCGGUAUUUGCUUUCGCCAAGUCAUUCAAGCUCAAUGGUACCUCUGCUACAGGUAGCAAGAGCUAUGACAGCGUUCUCUUCACGAUUGCCCAUGUCCAGGAUCCAGUCAUCCAAUUCGCGUCGGCUCGAGGGAUGACUUUGAUGAAACCAUUGUGGGCCUCAUACUAUCUGACAGCAGAUGAAGUUCUCGAUUUCCAUUAUCAUGACUUCGACAAAGCUUUCAAAUUGGCAAGUAACUACUCUGGACAGCUUGAGAAGGAUGCAUUAGUAUCUGGCUCUGAGGAUUAUAAAGAUAUUCUUGCGCUAAGUGCUCGUCAAGUUCUGGGAGCUUGCAGCUUUGCUGGAACGCCUGACGAUCCCGUCAUCUUCUUCAAGGAAAUAUCAUCAGAUGGUAACAUGAAUACUGUCGAUGUCAUCUAUCCUGCAUUUCCGUUCUUCUUGUACACCAAUCCAAAGUGGUUGGCUUGGCUAAUGGAACCAUUGAUUGAGCACCAAUUGAGCGGCCAGUAUCCGAAUGAUUAUAGCAUGCACGAUCUUGGAGCUAGCUUUCCCAACGCAACAGGACAUCCGGAUGGCAGAGACGAAUACAUGCCCGUGGAAGAAUGUGGAAACAUGCUCAUCAUGGGUCUUGCUCUCGUCAACUCACUCAAGUACGACACUGAACCUGCAAGCAUCUGGUCUGCUACAGGCAACCAAAAGCACAUUGAAUCUGCGACCGGCUCGAUUUCCCUUUACGUCGAUGCCGAUGGAAUGGAUGAUACAUUUGGUGGCCCAAUCUCAGCAAAAGGUGAUAAGCAAGCACGCAAGUGGGUUGAGAAAUCAUACAAACUCUGGAAGCAAUGGACUGGUUAUCUCGUACGUGAGGCCUUAAUUCCCAGCAAUCAACUUUCAACAGACGAUUUUGCUGGCUGGCUAGCAAAUCAAACCAACCUUGCCUUGAAAGGUAUUAUUGGUAUUCGAGCCAUGUCUGAGAUCUCGGAAUUGGUUGGAGAAGAUGCGGAUGCGAAGUACUAUCGCAAUGUUUCCGAGACCUACAUUAAGAAGUGGGAGCAAGAAUUUGCCAUGUCCAGAGAAGGCACCCAUGCUAAAUUGGCAUAUACAUGGUUUGGCAGUUGGACAACUCUCUACAACCUGUUUGCAGACUCUCUACUAUGCUUCCACUUGCCAUCAAGCUCUGUGGAAGCACAAGCUGGACAGAAGCCUCUCAUUGCCCCAGGCGCAUCGAGAACUGGUUUUGUAGAUUCCAAAAUCUACAAGACUCAGAGUGACUGGUACCACAACGUCCGACAAAGAUAUGGCCUGCCACUGGACAGUCGACAUCUAUAUGCAAAGAGUGAUUGGGAAUUCUUUGCUGUUGCUGUCUCAAGCAAACAAGUACGAGAGGAAAUAGUGGACUCCAUCGCUCUAUGGGUGAAUGAAACCUCAACGGAUCUACCAUUGACGGAUUUGUACGACACAGAAGGAGACGGUGGAUUCCCAGGCAUUGCCUUCAAGGCUAGACCUGUGGUUGGUGGUCACUUUGCAUUUUUGGCUCUGGAGCGCGCUUGUGGUGGAAAGGCUGUCGAGGCUCUCAGCUUCUUGGAUGACGAGCCGGCAAAGGAAUUUGUUGGUGGAGGAGGACGUGAUGGUGAAUUGUAGACCAACAUACAAAAGUGAAUAGCAAGCAACGAAUACAUAAAGAGCAG